AUGAAGUUCGGAAAGAACAUCUGUAUUCUCAACGUCGGGGGCACCAAGUAUGCAUUUACAAGGGAAAUCAUAAAGGAUUUCCCUCUCCGACGGGUAAGUAGACUGCACAAUUGCGCAUCCGAAAAAGAGGUUUUGGAGGUGUGUGAUGAUUAUGACCACGAGCGGAAUGAGUUCUUCUUCGAUAGACAUUCAGAGGCUUUCGUCUUCAUCAUGUUGUACGUGCGUUCGGGGAGGCUGAGAUUUGCCCCGAAAAUGUGCGAACUCUCUUUCUACAACGAGAUGAUCUACUGGGGUCUGGAGAGUACACAUCUGGAGUUUUGUUGCCAGAGGCGACUCGACGACAGGAUGUCCGAUACACACACUUACUUUUUCGAGGAGGACGUAAAGGCAGACGAAGAGUCUGGAGACCAGUGCAUGACCGUCACGGGCCCUACCGUCAACAGUGAAUGGAACAUCAGAUGGAUUGCAAAACUUCGAAGGAUUUUUGAAGAACCGACGUCGUCGAUCGCUGGUCAAAUUUUGGCUGCUCUGUCCGUUAUUUUCGUGAUCUUAUCCAUGGUCAUUCUUUGUGCAAGUACUCUGCCAGAUUGGGAAACAGCCAAAAAUAGAAACACAGAGGAACACAGGACCAUCGAGGCCGUGUGCAUUGGCUGGUUCACCGCUGAGUGUGGCAUGCGUUUCCUGCUCUCCCGCAACAAGUAUGACUUCGUCCGUCAGCCGCUGAACCUCUUGGACAUCCUGGCCAUCAGCCCGUACUACAUCCUGCUGGUCACCACGGCGCUGCUGGGCGAGAGCCUGGAGAUCCAGCGCGCCGGCACCAUGCUGUGCAUGCUGCGCAUGACGCGCGUCUUCUGGCUGGUCAAGUUGGCGCGCCACUUCCACGGCCUGCAGACGCUGGGCCUGACGCUGCGCCGCUGCCGGAGCGAGCUGGUCAUGCUGCUGGUCUUCAUGUGCGUGGCCAUGGCCAUCUUCAGCGCUCUGGCUCAGCUGCUGGAGCACGGCCUGGACCUGGAGCCCAGGAACCACGACUACGACAGCAUCCCCGCCGCCAGCUGGUGGGUGAUCAUCUCCAUGACGACGGUGGGCUACGGGGACAUGUACCCCAUCACGGUGCCGGGGCGCAUGCUGGGCGGCGUGUGCGUGGUGUGCGGCAUCGUGCUGCUGUCGCUGCCCAUCAGCUUUAUCUACCACAGCUUCCUGCAGUGCUACCACCAGCAGCGCUUCCGCUCCUCUCGACCCUCCAAGAGCCUCUCGGCCGAGGUCCUCAACUAGUCUGGUGGCCUCCCGUUGGUCUUCAUCUGUCACACAUGCUGACCCUCUGUUAGCCUUACACAGUCUAGUAGAACUUUUUUUAAAAGUUCUUCUUCAUUUUGAACAUUGUGUCUUCACCAUUUAUAAUGUUCAAAGCUACUGUUGGGGCCUCCACAUAUCAUUGGUACCCCUGAUAAAGAUGAGUACAAAAAAAGAGGUAUAAAAAUGUCCUGUUGGCAUUUUACCCUAGUUUCAUAAUAACAUAUAAAAAUGCAAUAGUAAUUUUUUCUCUUUAUGAGGAUUUUUUUCCCAGAGUAUGUUUGCUUCCCUUCAAGGUUGGAUUUUUCAUCAUUAUGUUCAUUGUGAAACUAAGAUGAAACGCCAGCACCAAUGUUUUUGUAAUAUUGAUUUUUACUCAUCUUUACCUGGGGUCCCAAUGGGCUGUUCUAAUUAUAGGAAGCUGUAGUUUAUUACAAAAUUAUUAAUCUAAAUGUACUAUCAGACAUUAGUGACACACAAGUGAAUUGUUUUCUUUGCAGAUAUAAUACAAAGAGAGAUUUCCUUUUGGACUUCCUACUUGUUUGAUUGUAUUGUUUUUACAAGGAACCAAAGAGAUCAAACAAGCACUUCUCUGGUUCAGCUGAACUUGGAGGGCAUAUCACAGUGCCUGCUGCAGAUGGCCAGGUUGUCCUUGUAGAACUGUGCUAAGCCGCUUGGCUUAAGUCAGCCCACAAGAGCCAUGUGCCCCCUCCAUGUUCCCUAGUCCGGUUCCCAUGGUGAGGCCUCUCCAUCUUGGUAGAUCAGUACCUUAGAGCAGUCUGGCACAGUGUGGGUUCCCAUGGUGAGGCCUCUCCAUCUUGGUAGAUCAGUACCUUAGAGCAGU